AUAGAGGCGGUCGGGAAGGCAGAGGCGGAAAUGAUGCGAAUGAAAGCCGCGGCCUAUAAACAGUACGGAGAGGCAGCCAUUCUGUCGCUCACUCUCGAAGCACUGCCAAAGAUUGCCGCCGAAGUGGCCGCACCUUUAGCUAAGACCGACGAAAUAGUGCUCAUCAGUGGCACUAACGGUGGCUUCACUGGAGAUGUUACUCGACUCGUGUCUCAAAUACCACCCGCUGUUCACGCACUUACAGGUGUCGACCUCUCUAAGGUUUUAGGUAAAAUUCCGGGCGCCAAGUGAAUGGAUAGUCUUAUUAUUAAUUAUUAAUAACACAACAAAAUAUAUUUAUAUUCAAGUGUUUAGUCUAUAAUGUAUAUUAAUAUACAAGAAAAUAUUGAUAAUUGUACGGUAAUCAUUUACAGUAAUUGUAAGUUUAAUUGAAUAUUUAGCAAAUUCCUAUAUUUUUCAACAUUUAUCACAAAACAGUAAAUGUUUGUAUAUUUUGUCACUUGAAAUCCAAAC